AUAACUACAACUACAAUUUCUGUUAGUCCAUAUUUCAAAAAAUGACAAAUUGACUCAUAGUUUCAACUAUCAUAGACUGUUCGCAUUAUCAAAUAUUCAACCCAAUCUCCUAAUAUCAGGAAAACGUUUAUCCAUUUUGGGUGAAUUUUGUGGAAACCCCGAAUUUGACUUUGGGGGAAAGCAACAUGGUUUUUGAUAGAUUCCUAAUAAUGCCUGAUCAAUUAGAUUAAUCUCAUCAUAAGAAAAGAUUCGGAUAUAUCCUUGGAACGAAUUCUUCCUGUAAAUGUCAUUUUCGAGGAUUUUUCAUAAUGAUACAAGAAUUCACUGAUGAAAUUGUUCAUGGGGUUCAAUGUUAUUCACAAUGUUCAGAAACCAAAUCAUUUGUCGAGUUACAAAUGCAAACGGAAUCUUAUCAAGUGUUUCAUCGUGGUACGCAAUCGAGACGGUAUAAAACUCAAGAACUUCAAACAAGCUUUUGUCUUCAAGAUGAAACACUGCAUGAUGACAUACUUACUAACAACGAUAAGUUGACUGAAGAAACAAGAAUAUUAUGUUUUCUUAAACGUACUGAGCCAAUCGUUACAAAAGAGAUACAAAAAAAUAUCCACUCCAAAGUGUUUAGACAAUCACAGUCAAGAAGACUAUUUUAUAGAAAUAAUGCAUCGGUGAAACAUACACUCAUUCUAAAUGAAGCAAAAGAAUCCAAAUUAUCUGUUACAGGAUUAUCUUGGAAUUCUAAUGGGACACUAUUAGCGAUAUCAUAUGGAUCAUUGUGUCAUACUGAUUGGUGUACACAUAAUGGCAUGGCUGCACUUUGGAAUGUGUCAAAUGAAACAUUGGUAAUCAAUACUCCUCAGCAAAAAUAUGUAACAGAUACUUGUCUAAUGUGUAUUAAAUUUCACCCAACAGUUCCAUCUUUGUUAGCUGGAGGGACAUUUACAGGAGAUUUAGUCGUCUGGAAUCGUACCAACGAAAAUGAUCAUCUAUUAACCAGUAUCGGAAGUAUGCACAGUGGUCAUAAGGAUUGUAUCAAUCAAAUCAGUUGGAUACGAAAUAGUCUAGAGUCUAACUUACAAAAUCUAACUUCCGAAAAAAUCAGUCGGUAUACAACAACUUAUAGGUUAUUAAGUUCAGGAAGUGAUGGAAGAAUUGUUUGUUGGCGAAUUGAUCUGUGUCACUUAGGAAAUGUGAACUGUGUUAAGAUUUUUCAAAUAAGACAUAAAGAUCAGAGUCCUUUACCAAUAUCCAACCAUUUUAAUUCAUUAAAGAAAUGCAGUCUCUUUCGGUCAGAUCUAUCCGAAACAAUAAAUAGUGACAGAGCAGUUAAUAUAACUUGUAUUUCAUUAGCUAAAAAUGAUCCAGAAAAAUUUGUUGUUGGAACAGAAACAGGAGGACUAUUAAUAUGUCAAAUAAAUUCUGUUAACUGGAAUGAAACAUAUAAAGAAUCCUUGGAAGAAUACAUACAGUCACCGGUUAGAUUUUCACUUACUCGUCAAGAUGGUCCGAUUUAUUCAGUAGAUUGGAGUAAAUUCUAUCCCAACCUUAUUAUAGCUUGUGGGUUCAAUCAUUGUAUUCAGCUUUUCAAUGUAUUACAAAAAUCCCCAUUAAUAAGUUUAGAUCCAAAUUAUGGUUCAAUACUUGUUGUUGAAUUUUCCUCAUAUUUAUCAAAUAUUUUUAUCUGUAUAACCGAAUAUCAUCAUAUACUUAUUUAUGAUUUAACUGGUGAUGAAGAAAUUAAUCUAAUGUACAAUUGUUUUAAUGAAGAGAAACUGUAUAGUCUUCAACCUGAACUACUGUAUACAUUGACAUCUCAAAUUGAUAAUGAUAUUCAAAGUACAAUUGUAUCUGCGAAACUUAAUGAAAAAGAUUCUAAACUUGUUGCUACUGGAAGUACAAGUGGGAUUGUUUAUGUAUGGGAUUUUGGUAAUCUAAUCAAUGAAUUAUCGUUAAAAGUAAUAAAUACAUGAUAAUUAUACAUAUUUCCUAGUUCUAUAAUGAAGUGAUUUAUUCACUUAUUCAGCGUUUUAAUUUACAACUUGUGAACUGGAUUACUUCAUCCAUUUAUUCAUUAAUCCGUUUGAUUUCUUCUGAUGUUUCACUAUGGUAAGGUAUGACUACAGUGUACUUCCAUUCUUUUCGUAUAUUAUCUAGUUUAGUUUUUCUUUCAUUUUUAAUAAUCUUCUUUAAAAACCUUUUUGGGUAGUUGUUAUCCCUAAGAGUAGAAAAUACUUUAUUUAAUUCGCUUCGUUGGUCUUCCUUGUCUGUAACAAUCUUAGUACUUCUGUUCAUUAGAUUUUUUACCACAUUAAUUUUCGUGCUCUGUGAAUGGGCUGAAUUAAAAUCCAAGUAUCUCUCG